CGUGUUAAGUUGUUGUUGACGUUGGACUACCUGGCACGCCUAGCCAUCGUCGCAUUUCCAAUUCGAGUAUGGGUGCAUCGGGAUCUACAGCCGAGAGUGUACUAUGUAGGAGCCUCGGUAACACAUAGUCUGGGGUAGUGAAGCUAUCCGCCUCCGUCCUCACUUGAGCUUCUUAAACCACCACUUCAUCCAUCACCUUCACUCCUCAGCCUCAUCCCUUACUCACAUCCGGUCCAUUCGAAGUCCGCUGCCAGCAUCCAAGCAAGCUACAGUCACGCCAUGGGCGCUUACGACCAGUUGAAAAGCCGUACAAGGGCUGAUUACCCCUACUUUCUCGAAUAUCGCACGCGAUGGAGUGACAACGACAUGUACCAACAUAUGAAUAAUUCCAUUUACAAUAUCCUUUAUGAUUCCGUCAUCAACAGCUAUCUCUUCGAAUUCUGUGGUCUCAAGCCAGAUUCGUCCCCCCAGUAUGGCAUGGUAGUCCACAGUCACAACGAUUACUUCGCCUCCAUUUCGUUUCCCGCCUGCGCUGAGCUUGGCCUGCGCGUUAACAAGAUUGGCAACUCCAGUGUCACCUAUGAGAUUGCCCUCUUUGAGAAGGGCGUCGACCAGGUUAAGUCAGUCGGCGAGUUCGUUCAGGUCUGGGUCGAUCGAGACACCGGCAGGCCGAGUGUCCAUGGCAUACGCCAGCAUGUUCGCGAUGGGCUCCAGCGCAUCAUGGUAGACACCCAUCUAAGCAAACUUUAGCAGGUCAACUUGUUCCAUGAAAUUUGCCGUCUUGCCCGAUAUUCUCAGAUAUGCUAUCAUGCUCACUGCUCCUCGUGCACAUAGUAUCUCCAGACACGGGUAUGUUACUCCGUGGGUCUACGCAGUUUAUUGUGAACACCAGUUACUCCGUUAUACGCCUUCAACCUACACUUCACUGUCAACUCGCACCGU